GUGUGUGAAUUAUGCAAAAUUAUUCAAAUUUGGUCCCAAUGAACCUUAUUAACUCUUUUUCUCCAGGGUCCCCAGUAUGAUAACAUGUGUGUGUGUGUGUGUGUGUGUGUGUGUGUGUGUGUGUGUGUGUGUGUGUGUGUGUGUGUGUUAUUUAACUUUGUGAAUCUUCAUCUCCUCGGCAGCUUGUUAUUUAAUAUCUUUUUGAAGCGGUGUGUGUUUGCCAUAACAAUCUUGGGUCAAGUAAUUAUUUGUGUUGAACUAAUCGAUGACAUCACUUCCUGUGCCGGUCUGACUGCAUGUUCCCUCGCUGUGACGAUUGGUUCCGACUCUCAGAACCCGUUUGGGCCCGCUUUUGGGUCCCGGGCGGAAAUGUUUAACGCACCUUAUUAUUGGUUUUGUGUCGCUGGUUUAUGCUUAUUGUGUCGCUAACAGGGUUGAUUUUUUUUCUACAGUUUUAAUCAUCUGUGCUCUUAUUUUUGGGGGGAUUUGUGGCGUUGAAGCCAAAGUGUCGUCGUCAGCAUGUUUCGACACACAAACACACGUCAAAUAAACACUGGUUGCACAGUAUGACCACUAGGGGGAGCUCUGCUCCGGCAAAAAUUAAAAUAACACUGCCUUUUUUUUUUGUCUACAUUUGUGCUGUCAAAAAAUGUCAACUAUGGUUGAAAUGUUUCUAAUCAUGUAUCAUCAUCACCUGGUCCAAGUCUCACCAGAUUUUGCCCAAACAUUUGUGCUGAAAAAUAUGUUUCCACUAUCCGUACUUUGCCAUCACUAUGGUGCAAAUAAUAAUAACUGGGAAAUUUCCGCAGAAAUUCUGAUUUGACUGCUAUCUAAGCUGGAAACCUUAGGCCAAACGGUUGAUUGAAGCUAAAAAGCUAGCUUAAAACAUUAGCAUGCUAACAUUAACUUGUUAUCAAUGGAACGGUUAGCAUACUUGCAAGAUGGAAACAAGUCUAAAAAAUCCGCAAGUUUUCUGUUUAAAUGAUCAAGAUUUUUUAAAAUGUUGGCAUAAAGUGUUAGCAUGCUAACAUUAGCUUGUUAUUAUGCGAACAGUUAGCAUAUGUAAGAGAUAGAUACAAGUAUCAAAAUCCACAAAUUUUGAGUUUAAAUGAUCAAAAUUUGUUAAAAUGCUGGCUUAAAAUGUUAGCAUGCUAACGUUAUCUUGUUAUUGCGAGAUGGAGACAAGUCUCAAAAUCCAUGGAUUUUACGUUUAAAUGAUCAAUUAGCUAAAACGUUAGCAUGAUAAUGUUUUCUUGUUUUUGUGGGAACAGUUAGCAUAUCUCUCUAUCUAUGCUACCUGAGCUGUAAACUUUAGGCCCGCGGUGGAUUGAAACUAAAAGGCUAGCAUAAAACAUUAGCAUACUAACAUUAGCUUUUUAUCAAUGGAACAAUUAGCUUACUUGCAAGAUGGAAACAAGUCUCAAAAAUGUUAGGCUUAAAUGAUCAAAAUUUGUUAAAAAAAAUGAGGGCAUAAAAUGUUAGCAUGUUAGCGUUAGCUUGUUAUCAUAGCAACAAGUAGCAUACUUGUCAGAUGUAGACAAGUCUCAAAAUUUACUAAUUUUAGGUUUACAUUUACAGAAUUAGUUAAAUUGCUAGAAUAACAUGUUAGCAUGCUAUUUAUUGCUUGAUAUCAUGGCAACAGUUAGCAUACUUGCAAGAUGGAAACAAGUCUCAAAUGUAUGAGUUUUACGUUUAAAUGACUAGUAUUAGUUAAAUUGAUAGCUUAAAAUGUUAGCAUGCUAAUGUUUACUUGUUAUCAUGGGAACAUUUAGCACACUUGCAAGACGGAAACAAGUCUCAAAAUCCAAAAAUGUUAUGUUUAAAUGAUCAAAAUUUGGCAAAAUGCAGGCAUGCUAAUGUUAGCCUGUUAUCAUGGGAACAAUUAGCACACUUGCAAGAUGGAAACAAGUCUCAAAAUCCGUUAUUUUUUAGUUUAAAUGAUCAAAAUGAGUUAAAAUGCUGGCAUAAAAUGUUAGCAUGCUAACAUUAUCUUGUUAUUGCGAGAUGGAGACAUGUCGCAAAAUCUAUGAAUUUUAGGUAAAUAAUCAAAAUUACUUAAAAUAAUCACAUGCUAACAUUUGCUUGUUAUCAUGGAACAGUUAGCAUACUUGCAAAAUGCAGAUUAAUCUCAGAAGCCAUGAAUUUUUGAAUCAAAAUAAUUUAAAAAAUGUGCCAAAAUGAUACUAAAAAUUUUAGCAUUCUCAUGUUGACGUGAUAACAUUGGAAAAGUUGGUGUACUUCUAAGUUUUAAGCAAGUUUUAAAAGCCAUGGUUUGUUGGCUCCAACAAAUAAAAUCAGUAAAAAUACCAGCAUAAAAAGUUAGCACGCUCACGUUAGCUUGUUAGCAACUGCACAGAUAGCAUACUUGCAAAAUGCAGCUGGCUCUCAAAUGAAUUUUGGAUUAAAAAAAAAUGAUUUUAAAAAUUUUAGCAUUCCAAUGUUAGCAUGAUAACAGUGGAAAAGUUGGCGUACUUCUAUGUUUUAAGCAAGUUUUAAAAUCUAUGGUUUGUUGGCUCAAAAGAAUAAAAUCAGUAAAAAUACCAGCAUAAAAAGUUAGCUUGCUAACAUUAGCUUGUUAGCAAUGGAACAGUUAGCAUACUUGCAAAAUGCAGUUGGCUCUCAAAUUAAUUUUAGAUUUUAAAAAAUGUAUUUGAAAAAUUUGCCAAAAUUUUAUCAACAAUGCUAGCAUUCUCAUGUUAGCAUGAUAACAUUGGAAAAGUUGGUGUACAUCUAAGGUUUAACCAAGUUUUAAAAGCCAUGGUUUGUUGGCUCAAAAGAAUAAAAUCAGUAAAAAUACCAGCAUAAAAAGUUAGCAUGCUAAGGUUAACAUACCUGCAAAAUGCAGAUGGCUCUCAACAGCAAUGAAUUUGAGGUUUAAAAAAAAGGGUUUAAAAAGUUUUUCCAAAAUGCUACUAAACAUUAUAGCAUUCUCAUAUUAGCAUGAUAACAUAGGAAAAGUUGGUAUACUUCUAUGUUUUAAGCAAGUUUUAAAAUCCAUGGUUUGUUGGCUCAAAAGAAUAAAAUCAGUAAAAGUAGCAGCAGAAAAAGUUAGCACGCUAACAUUAGCAUACUUGCAAAAUGUAGAUGGCUCUCAACAGCCAUGAAAUUAAGGUUUAAAAAAAAAAGGUUUUAAAAAUUUGCCAAAAUGCCACUAAAAAAUACAUUAGCAUGCUAAUGUUAAAAUGUCAAUACAGCAUCAAUUUUUUUUCAUUUAUUUAUUUUAUUUUAUUUAAAAAAACAACACAAAGCUUUUUUUUUACGGCACAAACAACGACAUCCGGGGUAUUUCAAUAUUUGCGGCUUUUAAAUAAAAUAAGUGACGUUGCAAAAAGGGGCGUUUCCAAACGAGCAAGCCUGGUUGCCAAAUCCGAUGAAUGACCCCCUCGUUACCCUCAAGCAAAACACUGCGCUUUUGUCGGAUGACAUCCUUGAAUGCGAAUAUUAAAAAUUGUUUUAUUUUGUUCCCCAGGUGCACUGAUUGUACAAAGUCAUAGUUGUUAUUUUUAUACUUUUGUUUCAGUGCUCACGAUUUUUUUUAAGUGUGUACAUCCCAAGAACGACUGUAUGUGUGUGUGGGUGUGUGUGUUUCCGGUUCCGGUCCCGCCCCGUCACAAUAACAAACAGACGUCAUUUCGUGCUUGGCGGAGUCUGAAAGAAGAUGUACAUUUGUAAGUGACGUGAAAAUGAUUUAAAAACAAGAACACGUGUUCUUUAUGACUGGCUGUGUGUUAACUAUGAAAAAGAUAUAAUAAAUUAAUUUUGAACGAUAAA